GUACACUCAUAUUAUAUGAUGUCUUUCUUCGGUCAAAACUCACCACCUUCUGUAUAGUAUUCAAUUUGAUUAAUUAUAUUUAUAACAGCUACAUACAUCCAUUUCUUGUCAAACUCCAUCAAAAUGAACCAGAAGGAAGAGCUUGCAGUAGCCCAGCUGAGGAGAGCUGUUCACAAGCAAGGUUCUUCCACAGAGGGAUUUGGAGAGAUAACUCUGAUCAGAUUCUUGGUGGCAAGAUCGUUCGACAUUGACAAGGCUGCGAAGAUGUUUGUGCAGUGGCGGAAUUGGAGGGCUUCGUUUGUGCCCCUCGGUUACAUUCCCGACUCUGAAGUUGCUGCUGAGCUGCAACAGAAUAAAAUAUUUUUGCAGGGGCUUGCAGCAAGAGGCAACCCUGUUGUUGCUGUCAAAGUCCAUAGGCAUGUGCCUAGCAAGGAUCCUCUCCAAUUCAAGAAAUUUGUGGUUCAUCUGCUGGACAAGGUUAUUGCAAGUGGCUUUAGAGGCAAAGAAGUAGGAAACGAGAAGUUGGUUGCCGUUCUUGAUCUGCAAAAGCUUGCAUACAAAAACAUAGACAUUCGUGGAUUGAUCACUGGCUUUCAGUUCUUGCAAGAUUAUUACCCGGAGCGCUUAUCAAAGUGUUACCUGCUAAACAUGCCCGGGUUUUUUGUGCGCGUCUGGAGAUUGGUUUCUCGCUUUCUUGAGAAGGCUACUUUAGAAAAGAUUGUGAUAGUCUCGAAUGAAGAAGAACGACGUGCACUGAUCAGGGAAGUUGGCGUGGACGCCUUGCCAGAAGAGUACGGUGGGCGAGCUAAAUUCACCCUUCUUCAAGAUUUUCAACUCGAUAAGCCUUCGGAAGAAAAAACUCUAUUGAUCACUUGAUCAUAGUCUCUCUCCAUCGCCACUCUAACUAACGUAUGCCUAUAACCCUUCAUUCUACUGCAAUGCAAUGUAUGCCAAACAAAUUAAUGAGGAUGAAGAUGAUCAUAUAUAUAUAUACAGAGAUGUAAUGGUGACUCAUCAGUAAAAUCUGCUUACUAAUGAAGUGACUCUUUUUAUUUUCUAUGUA